AUGUCGAGGUCGUCGUCCACGUCUCAGUCCGCUAGAAACCAUAUCCCACUUUCCACACGCGCCAAGGCCCACAAUUUCAACGAGUACGCAAACGUAGACCGCGAUGGAAUACCUUCAAGCUUGAGCCUCCUUUCUGCUCGGAGACCUUCCUGGACUCCUUCUCCGUUCUACGAUCUUCCAGGCCCUCAUGGUCCAGAUAGCUUGCAGCCUGGACUUGCUUCGUAUCGCGAUGUCCCAUCCUUUGGGGUACAACCACCUGUGCAUCCGUCGCCAUCCCCAGACGACAGUGGAAACUUUUAUCAGAGACUUCAAAUUGACAUGAAAGACUUGGUGGGAGACGCAGUUGGCAACGUGAGUUGCUUAUAUUUCUGA